CAGAAACCAAGUGGACUAUUCCACCAUACUACAACCUGGACAUCAUACAUCAUCAGCUCUUUGCACUGACAUCUCCAAAAGAAAGACGACCGUGGACUGUACCCUGGUACCUGCACAUCAUACACCAGCUCUUAACACUGACAUCUCCAGAGGGCUCUCAAGGACCACUGCUCUACAGAGGAAGCAGCCAUUGGUGGAAGGAAAAGACAGGCUUCUCUACGAACUCCAGUUUAUUUGUAAGAGGACGGCCCAUUGUCUCACGUCAGAUAGCGCCACGACUCCGUCUGCACGGUGGGUUGGGGGACGAGCGUCGCAUGGGAGUGAUGCCACCUGUCAGAAGACAAUGAUGACUUCCUGGUCUGGCACAAAGAAGAAUGCCCUGGUGCAUUUGAAUGAGCUGAGACCAGGUCUACAGUAUGAGAUAGUGUCUCAGACAGGGCCAGUUCACGCCCCUGUGUUCGCUGUAGGAGUAGAGGUCAACGGACUCAGGUUCGAGGGCCGAGGCCCCACCAAGAAGAAGGCUAAGAUGAGAGCAGCAGAGAUGGCUCUUAGGUCCUUCAUCCAGUUCCCCAACGCCCAUCAGGCUCACAUCACCAUGGGAAACCUCAACUUCAUCAACACCACAGCACCAGCAGACUUCACCUCAGAUCAGGCUGAUCUCGUCCCCGACACGCUCUUCAAGGAGUUUCAGCCAGAAGCACAGGAAGACCAAAUCCUUAUCUACAGAGCAGUGAAAAAAGGACAGGAGUUGCUCUCUAGUAUCUGUAACCAUGGGAGACUAGUGCGCCUGACCCUUGACCUGAUGUCCUCAGCCAAUCAGAAAAGGCAGAGGAUCGGUUCCUCUAUCGUUCGGGAACUGAGGCCCGUGGCUCUGCUCAAUGAGUUGAUGCCAGGCUUGAGGUACGUCUGCCUGACAGAGAGAAAGAAAGGCAGGCCGAUCAAGAGCUUUGUGAUGGCAGUACGGGUGGAUGGAAGGGUAUUUGAGGGCUGUGGGCGCAGUAAGAGGCUGGCUAAAGCCGAGGCAGCAGCCUCAGCCCUACAGGACCUGUUUAACAUCAGUCUGGGUCCUGAGAGGAGCAUCAGCAAUACUGCCAGCUGGGCCAAGAGCGCACAGCUACCUCAGUGCUUUGCAGAGUAUAUCUUCCACUUGGUGAGAGAGAAACACAGUGAGCUGGCUGACUGUUGCUGCACUCCCUCCCAGUCGCACAGGCGUCACAAAGUACUGGCAGGCAUCGUAAUGACCAGAGGUUUUGAUCUGAGGCGAGCCCAGGUGGUGUCUUUGGGGACAGGCACCAAGUGUAUCAGUGGAGAGUGUGUCAGUGACCAGGGAUGGGCAGUUAAUGACUGCCAUGCUGAGGUCACCACCAGGAGGGCUUUCCUCCGCUUCCUCUAUGCCCAACUGGAGCUUUUCCUCUGCAACCGGCCAGGCAGUUUGGAGCAGUCGAUUUUUGUGCGAGACAAAGAGUCAGUAUACAGACUGAGAGACGGUAUUCUGUUCCAUAUGUAUGUGAGUUCAUCGCCCUGCGGGGACGCACGCCUCAACUGUCCCUACGAGAUCACAGCUACACACCAGAACGGGUAUAGAUUUGUGAGGAAGUUGCGCUGCCAUCUGAGGAUGAAGAUGGAAGGCGGUGAGGGUACACUUCCUGUCAGCGUACUGAGAGCCAAUCAGAAAUGGGACAGGAGGUUGCCGAGGGAAGCUCCCGUAACCAUGUCCUGCACAGAUAAAAUUGCCAGGUGGAAUAUUCUAGGUCUCCAGGGCUCUCUCCUGUCUCACCUGGUGGAGCCAGUGUACCUCCACAGCCUCACAGUGGGCAGCCUGUGCCACACGGGUCACCUGGGAAGGACCAUGGCACGACGCAUGGGGGACAUCGCCCCUCUGCCCUCGUCCUAUAGACGCAACAGGCUACUGCUCUGCUGCCUCAGCAGCAGUGAGGGACGGCAGCCAGGGAAGUCCCCAAGCUUCAGUGUGAACUGGAGUGCUGGAGAUGGAGAGCUGGAGGUGGUGGAUGUCUCCACAGGCAGGAAAGACUCAGGGACACCAUCCAGACUCUGCAAGAGAUCCUUCUUCACUCGUUGGGAGAGACUACACCACCAGCUUAGCAGUCCAGGAGGAGUAUUGGAUGCAGAGGAGGCCCAUUUUCUUAUGUCAGAUAGCACAACGACUCUGUCUGCACGGUCGGUUGAGGGAAGAGUAUCUCCUAGGAGUGACGCCACCUGUCGGAAGAAAAUGGAGGAGGCCAUGAAGACGUACCGUGGUGCUAAGAUGGCAGCAGGGGCCUACCAGAGAGCCAGGCAGAAGUUUGUCGUCUCGCUGCAGGAGGCAGGUCUGGGCAUCUGGAACAGGAAACCACCAGAACAGGAGCAUUUCCAGAGCAGGGUGUGA